AUGGCUACCGCAGACGUCCAACAGCCUGUUCAGGACAACCCUGCACCUGCGAUCCCAGAUUAUCUCGCCGAUCCAGAUGCUGUGCUCAAAGACACCAACUCAAAAUGGCGAUAUGGGAGGGCACCAGAUUAUUCCAAGACACGAAAAGUGUACGCAGAGUCCAAGCAGAUGAACCAUAUAGCUGGCAGCCUCGAAUCGAUGGUUGAGAAUCUUGUCAAGAACUGGGAAGUUGAAGCGUCCUUCAAGCCUCAACUCUCGGAUUGGCGAACAGUCGACCACAGCAAGUACUCCUUUGCCAUCAAUGGAGGUCCAGGUCAAACAGGUGAGCAUAUGCUCAAGGUUGGAACAUACAAUGCCAUUAUUGCGCCAAAUGAGUACUACAGUCCUGUAUACUCGGAUUUUGCAAGCAGCCACAAGACCUUCAAGCGUAUGAUGCCAACCUUUGCGUGGGAGGUGCUGGAAGUCUACAGCGGUCCGCCCAAAGUUGCCUUCAAGUGGAGACAUUGGGGCACCAUGAAGAAUGACUAUGUCGGGUUCAAUGACAAAGGAGAGAAGGUCACAGCCAAAGCCCAUGGAGGAGCUAUUGACAUCACCGGCAUUACAACUGCUACCGUAGACGAUGCAGUACGACUCCAAGAUGUCAACACGUACUUCGAUCCGAUGGAGAUGUUCCGCCAGAUCGCUCCCAACGGCAUUGUUAACAAACAGGUCGUCGACAGGAGAAUUGAUCCUUCUACUGCCCUCAAUACCGAAGUUCCAUCGCAGGAUGGUGUGAAGCUCGCACAA